CAACGCAAAGUUGCAUUCUCCCUCAAUUUUGUUUGUGAAUCGGUGUCUUUUAUAAUCUCAAAAGUAGUUGGAAUAAGAAAAUAAAGUUUUAAUUUUUUUAAAAUAGUUUGACGGCGUUAGCUUUACACUGUUACAAUGCAUUCCGAUAAAGAAUCAAAGAUGGAAAAGUUAUCGGUACUGCUACUCGACGUUGCCGGCACGAUCACUUCGUUGGAAUACGUUAAGGAAAAAUUAUUGGCUUUUAUCCUCGAAGAAUCUCCCUCUUAUCUAAAGGACCAUAUUGAAGAAGAAGCUGUGAAAAACGCCCUGAAGGAGUUGCAAGGGAACGAUAAAGAAAUAGAUGUGGAGUCGAGUGUAGAAAUUAUAAAAAAGUUGACCGGCCAGAAUUCGGAUGACAAAAAUUUGAAAUUCUUACAGGCAUUAAUAAGUAAAGCAGGAUACGAGAAAGGAACGUUAAAAGCACACAUUUUCCCAGAUGUAAAAGUUGCUCUGGCAAAUUGGUCGAAGGAUAGAAAGGUUGCUGUCUAUUCAUCUGGUGAUAUCGAGGCGCAGAAACUAAUUUUCAGUAAUAGUGUGGAAGGGAAUUUAACUUCCCAUAUCUCCAAAUUCUUUGAUUUGUCGGUUGGUGUAAAAACUGCUGUGGAAAGCUACAAUAAAAUAUCCGAUGAACUGAAAGUAAAGUGCGAGGAAAUUGUGUUUGUUAGUGAUGACCCCAAUGAAUUAAAAGCGGCCAAAGAAGCUGGGUUAGUAACUGCACUAAUGAAACGUGAAGGAAACGAGGAGGUCAGCGAGGAAAUUGCGAAAGAUUUUACAUUUACGAUAACAUCGCUUGCAGAUCUGCCUUCCGAUAUUUCCAACAAACGAAAAGUUGAGGAUUCUUUGGAUGGAUCUGAGACUCCUCCCUGCAAGCUGCCGAAAACAGAUGAGAAUGAACCAAAGGACGAGGUGUCACUUCCAAAAAUAGAUGAAAAUGGAUCUGAAGAACAAAGUGAGAGCACCGAGAAAAAAGAGACUGAGGAUGCGAUGGAAGUAGAUUCAAUCACUGAGGAUACAAAAAAGUCUGAUGAACAGAAUGUACCUACCGAAACUUCUAUGGAAACCGAGGAAGUAGUUGGCGAUAAAGCACUUGCUGUAGAACCAGAAAAGACUGAACCCGAAAACAUUACCGAAAAGUCUGACCUCCCCACAGAUAAAUCCAAUUCUGAAGAGACUGAUGCCAAGACUGAAACAAUAGAUGACAUCAAUAAGGUCGUUAGUGUAGAAAAUAGCACUGAAAAAACAAAGGAUACUGAAGAUACCACAAGUCAAGAAAAACAGAACGAAGCAGUGCCCACUGAUAAUGGGGUUGAACCAAUGGUCGAGGCAGAAAGUGUUGCCAAGACAAAUUCCGUCAAUUCUAGCAAAGAUGUGGAUAGUGUAGAACAAGCUGUCCCUGAACUCGAUAGUGACAAAGCGGCAACUACAAAUAAGGUCUGCGAAGAAAGCGUAAAUGUUACAGAGGAGAAGAAAGUGCAAGAGAAUAAUAGUAAAUUAGAAGAAAGUAAAGAGGAACCUGAUUUGAAAACAAUCGAUGAGGUAAAAGAAGGAAACGAAAAGUUAAAAGAAUCCAAUAAUGUAGAAGCAGAAUCAAAGGAUGAAACAAAUGAUGUAAAGGAGAAAACAAUAGAUGUAAAAGAGGAUGAAGAAAAAAAAGAUUUGCCCGAAAAAAGUUGUGUGGACAAAGAGUCCGUGGAAGAAAAGAAAUCUGAAACAGCACCGGAGGUUGUCAAAGAAUCUACAAAAGAAAAUGGUAGUGCUAGUGAAAGCCAGAAUGGUAAAAUUUCUUCUGAAGUUAGCAACGGAGUGGUGAAUGGUCAAGAUAGUUGUGAUAAAAGCUCAAAUGGUCAAUCUGAAGAAGCAACAGACAUUAAAGUAAAGAAAGCGGAAACGAAUGUAGAAGCGCCCGCAGUUGCUGUAGAAGUGUAAUGGGAUAAUUAAUUUAAUGUGGCUACUAAAAUAUAUUUCAUUUUGAGAUUAGGGGUUUUGUUUUGGUCACAUUUCUUGUCUCACUUUGAGAAACGAGGACUUACUCAUAAAUAACAUGGAGCACAGUUUUAAUGUGUAUUGUGUUUUUGGUUUUCUUUACAUUUUGUGUUCUUACCAUUGUUAGUUCCUGAUAAUUAGUAUGUGUAAAAUUAUCUAGUAAGUGCCAAAUUCUAAACAAAUUGGUGUAGAAAAAAUGACUGAUAUCUCCUUGGCCGUUAUCAGCGGUGAUUUCAGUAUUUAAACUAACAUCCAGUAUUUAUAAUAUAUGACUGCUAGUUUAAUGCAAAUUUCGAAAACUUUUGAUGUGGUCUUUUUCUAAAUGUUUUAAUAACUGUUUGUAUUUUUAUAUGCGUUUUAUUACUGUAGGAUAUUUAUAAACAUUCCUUUGUUAUUCACAUUCAAUAUUAUACGUAAUAAUAAUAUUGUAUCUUCGUGAAGAUUAAGUAGGUUGUAAUAUACUUUAGAAUUUUUUAUCGAUUAGGAUUAUAUUUAUACGAA